AUGUCUCUCGAGGAUCCGCUCGUUCUGACCCCUGAAGACAGCAGCGCUUUGCUCCCGAAUGUCUCCGGAGUGUUCCGGGACUCGGCAGGAGCGCAGCACCGGUACAACAUCUGGCUCCCGGGCAUCGGGAUCGCCGCCGUUUACGGGAUCAUCAUCGUCGUGGGUCUGGUGGGGAAUGUCACCCUGAUGAAGACGUGUCUGCAGGUGAAGUCCAUGCGCACGGUGCCCAACCUGUUCCUGUCCAGCCUGGCCGUGGGAGACCUGCUGCUGCUGGUCACCUGCGCCCCGGUGGACGCCAGCCGCUACCUGGUGGACGAGUGGCUGUUCGGCCGCGUCGGGUGCAAACUGAUCCCGUUCAUCCAGCUCACCUCGGUGGGAGUCUCCGUGUUCACUCUGACCGCGCUCUCCGCCGACAGGUACAAAGCCAUCGUAAAGCCUCUGGACAUCAACAAGUCCAGCGCUACGCUCAGCUUCAGUCUGCGAGCCGGAGCCAUCUGGCUGCUCUCUGGGACUCUGGCCAUUCCCGAAGCCGUCUUCUCCGACCUGCACACCUUCACCACCAGCUACACCAACGAGACGUUCGUGACCUGUGCCCCUUACCCCCACACCGGGCAGCUGCAUCCCAAGAUCCACUCCACCGCCUCCUUCCUCAUCUUCUACGUCGUCCCACUCUUCAUCAUAUCCGUCUACUACUGCUUCAUUGCUCGCAGCCUGGUCAGGAGCUCAGCGGACAUCCCUGCUGAGGGACACCUGCACCUCCAGAAACAGAUCAAGUCCAGGAAGCGUUUGGCCAAAACCGUGCUGGUGUUCGUGGGCUUGUUUGCAGUCUGCUGGCUCCCCAGUCAUGUGAUCUACCUGUACCGCUCCUACCACUACAACCAGGUGGACACGUCGCUGGGCCACUUCAUCGCCAGCGUGUGCGCUCGCAUCCUGGCCUUCACCAACUCCUGCGUGAACCCGUUUGCUUUGUACCUGAUGAGCAAAAGCUUCAACAAACACUUCAACAAGCAGCUGCUGUGCUGCACCUCCCCAAGAGGCUUGUACAGCCAGAAUAGUGGGAGAACAAACAUAACCACCGUCUGA